CAAGUGCUGCCAAAGUUUCUGUCCCAUGUUUUGUACAAUUCCAUCUGGACACCAUGUGAUUUCUGGCAUGAGAAUAUAAAAGACGACACAAAAAGGAUUCAGCAACCAAAGCCAGGCUAAAACUUCGAUUCCUAUCCAGGCUCCAGUUACUGGUACAACAGCCAGUGAAAACCAUUACCAGCCAAGGCCUCACCUCAAGAAAGAUGGAGUCAGUGCAUUCCCCCCUCACUGCUGACUAUAUUCCAGAAAUUUCUAAUGAUACAGCUCCCUCACAGUUUACAACACCUUCUGUACAUAAUGAAUCCAAGCAACUGUGCAAAUUUGUUGUACCAUCCCAAUAUAUUUCCAAUUUCAUCCCCGCUGUCUACAGCAUCAUCUUUAUCUUGGGAUUCAUUGGAAACAGUGUGGUCAUCGCUGUCUUGUGUCAUCGCUCCCAUUUGAGAACUGUUGCUAACGUUUAUAUAAUCAACUUAUCAAUUGCCGACUUGGUAUUUUUAUCCACUCUUCCAAUUUGGGCGGUCUAUUACGCGACUGGGUACAGUUGGCAUUUUGGGUCAGUGAUGUGUAAAAUAUGCAGCUCCCUUGUGUCUCUGAAUUUGUAUGCCAGUAUAUAUUUCAUUACAUGCAUGAGUAUUGAUCGUUACAUGGUAAUUCUCCACCCUUUUGGAUCCCAGUCUGAGAAAUCUCUGUACCAAGCUCGUUGUGUCAUAAUCCUGGUAUGGACUUUGGCUUUAGUUGCCACUUUUCCAGCCAUUUACUUUCGGCGUGCGCAUCACAUUGAGGAGAUAGGGAAUAUGAUGUGUGCAAUGGUUUACCCCUCCAAUGAUGCCAAUCAUUGGUUUGCAGCCAUGUCUUUCAUGAAAAAUACUUUGGGUUUCUUCAUUCCCUUCACAAUAAUAGGCACGUGCUAUGGUUUUGUUGCCUGUCAUUUGAUGAGAAUGGAAGGACGAGACAAAAACAAACAUAAACGAGACAAAGCAUUGUGGAUGGUCAUUGCAGUCGUGCUGGCCUUUUUCAUCUGCUGGUUGCCAUUUCAUGCAUUAACUUUCCUGGAUGCAUUGUCAAAGUUGAAUUUCAUCACCAACUGUCGAACCAUCACUGCGAUCGAAACUGCAAUGCCAAUUGCCAUUUGCCUCGGUUUUGCGAAUAGCUGCAUCAACCCUUUUAUUUACUACUUUAUGGAAGAUCACUUUUAGGUACAUCUUACUGACAUGGCUCAGAGUGGAUCCAUUAAGCUCCAGAACCGAAGAAACUCACCAACCAGGAUAAGCUCCCUAUCUCAGAGGAACGAUGUGGGGGAUACGGAUGUUAAGAAUUCAUGAGAUGUUGGAUUAAGUGAAGCCACCAUUGCUACACACAACCCCCCUCCCAACACUACCACCUUGCUGUUGAUUGCAUUCUAAUCUUUGAUUUUCAAAGAUGGUAACGCACCAAGAAAGUGUGCAGCUCUUGAUAAAAUCUACUAUAUCAGAUAUACAGCAUUAUGAUAAUGAUAUAAUUGUCUUUGAGGGUUUCAAAAUUACAGACUUUUAUGGAAUAUUUAAUGUGUUAGAUGACUGGGAAUUCUCACACAUUGCUCAGAUGCAAAGCUACACCUGAAUUCCUUAAAUGUUGGAACUUAUUUUUACUGGUUUCAUCUACGUCUGUAAGAAGUAUUAAGCUUUUGUUCAUUAUGGAUAAUACCAACCAUUCUAAUAACCAUUUGUUCUGGCGCAUUAUAUAAUACACAGUAUUUUUCAGUUACUAAUGUGAAACUGCUGUUCUCUUAUGAUGUUUAGUCAUUGUUAAGAAGACUUAGAAAGACAAUGAAGACUAUAAGAAAGACUGUAUAACACUGUACCCCUCCUAAUGUUAUAUUUCACUGUUUUUUGCCUAAUGUUUUCUACUGAAAGCAACGUCUUAACUUUUGUCUAAUACAGUAGGAUUAAAUAAGGUCCAUUUGAGCUUAUCUAAAGUUGUUAGUUAUCUGCUUGGUUUAUGUUCUACAGUGUGUCUUCAGUCUAUGCCUGAAUAAAAUAUGACCUUCUCAUUUGUGGGAUGGAUAGCAAAUGACCAAACCUGUGACAUCAUGUAGCAGAAGGCAGUUAUUAAUGAGAGUGAAUCUAGUUGGAAUCUUGUUACAACUGAAGUUCCUCAAAGAUCGGAUUCAAAACAUUGCUAUUCAACAAUUUUGUUCAUGACCUCAAAAAGAUCUCAGAUACAGCCAUUCUUAAGCUUUUGGAAGCUACAAACACGUUUUGUAAUGUGUAGAUUGCAGGCCAAUUUAGUCAAGUUAGUUGCAAAUUUAAUUUAAAUGCGAGAACAUGGACCCUAGACCUUCUCGUCUCUGAUUUUCAGAGAAACACUGACACAAACAUAUGUGGGAAUUCUCAGGAAAUUCUAGCUGAUCACUCUGACCCAGAGCUUAGAAUCAUAGAAUCUCCAGAGGGCCGAAAGAGGCCAUUUUACUGAUCAAAUCAGCACUGACUCUCUGAAGAGCAUCCCAUCCAGACCUAGUCCUGCACCUUUAGCCCCACAGCCCUAUAUUUACACGGGCUAAUCCACUUAACUUUACCAGAGCUAAUUCACCUAACCUGCAUAUCAUUGGACUGUGGGGGGAAACUGGAACUCUGGGAGGAAACUCACAUGGACACCCAUCCAACUCACGAAUUGGGCCAUCUCCCCCGCCCAACUACUCAUUCACGUAUUGCCCAGGCUCAGGUCUUCUUUGAUCUGAUGGUGCCCAUUCUCCUGUCACUCUGGUUGAGCAUACAUCUGAGAAUCAAACUGUGGGGCGUCCCUGUCACAAUGAUCCAUAGAUGCUUCUGACCAGUUCUCUGUAGCAUUCUUUACAGCUGAUAUCAUAGAGUCAUAGAGUCAUUCAGCACAGAAACAGAACCUUCGGUCCAACCAGUCCAUGCCAACAUAAUCCCAAACUAAACUAGUUCCUCUCCUUGGUCCGUAUCCCUCCAAACAUUUCCUACUCAUGUACUCAUUUAGAUGUCUUAUAAACAUUGUACCUGCAUCCACAUCCACCACUUCCUCUCCACGCUCAUUCCACACUCUCUGUGUAAAGAAGUUGCCACCAUGUCUUUUUUUAAAUAUGCACCCUAGCCUUGAAAUCUCCCACCCUAGGGAAAAGACACCUGCCAUUCACCUUACACCUCAUGACUUUAUAAACCUUUACAAGGUCGCUCAUCAAUCUUGUGCUCUCCACUGUGAAAAGUCCCAGACUAUCCAGUCUCUCUUUAUGUCUCAGAUCCUCCAUUCCUAGCAAUAUCCUGAUUAAUAUCUUCUGAACCCUCUCCAGCUUAAGAACAUUCAUCCUAUAUGUUGUGUCUCUAGGUGAUACUCAGUAUCUUAUCUAGGUUGUGCCCAUGAGAGGUGACCAACCUUUGCCAUCACCUUCUGUGUCUCACUGGCAUAGAUAAGAGUUGGUACUAUUGUGGAUAUGCAGAGUGCCAACUUCACGCCCAUGUUGAUGGUGCUGAACGCUGAAAUUAUGUAGACCCCCUGGAAGACCAAUGCUCCUUUGUCUUUUCUUGUGUGAUCCUCAAUUCCUACAGUGCCCUCCCUGGACAGAUUAAUUCCUUGGUUGGGGAAGUGGUCAGCAUUCUCAACGCUGUGUUGCCAGACGCUGAUGAUAUUUGGCAAGUGGGAGUGGUGGGACAUGAUACGGGGAAUGUUUGUUGGUGUGCAGUCAGCAUAGCCUUUUGUGCAUGGGCCAAUGUGGUCAUCACAUCUUGGAGAACGUGCCCAAUACAGUAAGGUGAAGAUAUCUGUGAAAGUCAGAUCCAUUGAUUAGCGGAAGUGCUAUAGGAUGACAAAUCUGUUCCCGCCUUCCUUAAGGUCAAGUCAAUAGUCAAGGGGAAAGUAGUGGGGAGAGUAUGACGCCUUGCCAAAGACCCGUGAUGAGGUUGAAGGAGCUUUUGGGGCCUGUUCCCAUUGCUUUGUGUGAUUCAGUUGAACGUAAAUAGAACUAUAUUUGGACCAUGUAUUGCAUUUGGCCCCAUUUGGAAUUUGCAUUGAAUUUUAGCACAGAAUUGAGGACAUCAAGGCCCUGGGGAAGACAUUACAUCUUAGAACUCUUGAUUGUGAAGAUAAGCACCAAGAACAAAUAGUAAUUAUUUUGCAGAAACUCUGGAUUACAAAGCAAAGCUUUUAAAAUGACAGUUAAAAAUCAAUUUGAUGGUAAAUUGAAUCAGUUAGGAAUUGUAGGACUAGAGACCAGAUUUAUGAAUCUGUUAGCAGUGUGAGAGAUUAAACGUGUUGUUUCUGCAGGUAAGGAUGAAUGGUGGGAUCUUGCAAAAGCAGAAAUUCACAAGAUUUUAUAGCAGAAAGUCACAAGAUUUUAUAGCAGAAGUUUAUCAUUAAUCAGAGACUAGGUUCUGCAAAGAUGGCAGUUAGCAUGACCAGAGACAUUCUUUCUGCAGACAAGGACAUGGUAGAGAUAAGAGUGUUGUAGCAGAGGCUUAUUUCUGCAAACCUGACGAUUCGCACGUACAGCAUGUCUAGCGCUCUUUAGCAUAGCCAAAUAAGGAUUGCAGUAAAAAAGGGAAUGGGGCCUUCAGCCGGCAGUAAAGGGAACAAUAAACAAGGGCGGUCCGACAGGACGGGGAAUGAUAGGAUAAGACCAAUGGGAGCAGGGAGGCGUGAUUCUGCAACUUGUAAAUUGUAUAAGAAUGUUUCGCAUUCUUUGUGUGUGUGUGCCUGUCUAGCAGACACCCUUUCUUGCAAGA